CCUUUUCUCUCUUGCAUUCGCAUUCAAUGCCAACAUCUGCCUGCACAGGGACCAUUGGGUGUACAAAAUGAGCACGGGAGAGAAAUCCAAGGAAUAAAGAUUAACCGCGAGCGGGUUCAUAUUUAGUCAGAUGAAAACGAGGAAACUCGCUCGGAAAGCGUCUCCCGUGAGUAAUUUUGAUAGGGCUGACACAUAUUUGGAGGGUUUUACUUCCGCUCUGUCCGCCAUCCAGCAGGAACAAUAUAACCCAACAAAAAAUAGAGCGAGACUGUCAGACGGACCGGGAGGACAGCAGAGAUGCGGAGGGAGAGCUAGCCGGUAGAUCGCUUGCGAGGAUCCGGAGAUACAUGUGACGACUGCUGAAGAUGUCAGAUAGUAUUGAUGCUGAAGAGAAACCACCAGCUCCUCCUUUGAGAAUGAACAGUAAUAAUCGCGAUUCAUCUUCCCUUAACCACGGCUCGAAGCCUCUUCCAUUGGUUCCUGAGGAGAAGAACAAGAAAGCCAGACUGCGCUCGAUCUUCCCUGGAGCAGGCGAUAAGACUAACAAGAAGAAAGAAAAAGAGCGUCCAGAGAUCUCUCUCCCUUCAGAUUUUGAGCACACGAUUCACGUGGGAUUUGAUGCAGUUACAGGAGAAUUUACAGGCAUUCCUGAGCAAUGGGCAAGACUUCUACAGACAUCCAACAUUACUAAACUGGAGCAAAAGAAAAACCCUCAGGCUGUCCUGGAUGUCCUGAAAUUCUACGAUUCCAAAGAAACUGUCAAUAAUCAGAAGUAUAUGAGUUUCACUUCUGGAGCAGUCUAUUCACUGAUGGUCCCCCUUCUAAAGCAGUACAAGUGCACAGAGAUAACUGAUAAACCAGCUGAUGGAUACAUAGCAGCAAAUGCUCUGAACGCAAAGAUAGCGUCAGAACCACCAGUUGUACCACCGGUGUCAGAGGAUGAUGAUGAAGAUGAUGAUGAUGAUAAUGUUCCACCACCAGUGAUAGCACCACGACCAGAACACACAAAAUCGAUUUUUACCAGGUCGGUGAUCGAGCCUAUUAUGCCAGUGGCUCCGGUUAAAGAUGUGACCACCUCUCCAGUCACAACACCACCUGAAAGCAUAACCAGUCUGAACAGUCAGCUUUGCAGAAACACUGACAAGCAGAGGAAGAAAUCCAAGAUGACAGAUGAAGAGAUUCUUGAAAAAUUAAGAAGCAUAGUAAGCGUGGGUGAUCCCAAAAAGAAGUACACAAGAUUUGAAAAGAUUGGGCAAGGAGCAUCAGGCACAGUAUACACAGCAAUAGACAUUGCCACUGGACAAGAGGUGGCAAUCAAGCAGAUGAACCUACAGCAACAACCCAAGAAGGAGCUGAUUAUAAAUGAAAUCCUUGUCAUGAGGGAAAAUAAAAAUGCAAAUAUUGUGAACUAUUUAGACAGUUACCUUGUAGGGGAUGAACUCUGGGUAGUUAUGGAAUAUCUGGCCGGAGGUUCCUUGACAGAUGUCGUCACAGAGACCUGUAUGGAUGAAGGUCAGAUAGCAGCAGUGUGCCGGGAGUGUUUACAAGCCCUGGAAUUCCUUCACUCCAAUCAGGUCAUCCACAGAGAUAUCAAGAGUGACAACAUACUCCUGGGAAUGGAUGGAUCGGUUAAAUUAACGGAUUUUGGAUUCUGCGCUCAGAUCACCCCCGAGCAGAACAAACGGAGCACAAUGGUGGGGACGCCAUACUGGAUGGCACCAGAAGUAGUAACACGGAAAGCCUAUGGUCCUAAAGUGGACAUAUGGUCAUUAGGAAUUAUGGCAAUUGAAAUGAUUGAAGGAGAACCACCUUAUCUGAAUGAAAACCCUCUCAGGGCCUUGUAUUUGAUUGCUACCAAUGGGACUCCAGAACUGCAGAACCCAGAGAAACUCUCGGGAGUCUUCAGGGACUUCCUCAAUCGCUGCUUGGAGAUGGAUGUGGAGCGCCGGGGCUCAGCUAAAGAACUUUUACAGCAUCCGUUCUUGAAAUUUGCAAAGCCGCUCUCGAGCCUCACCCCUCUGAUAAUUGCGGCUAAGGAGGCAGUUAAAAACAACCGUUAGAGCAAGGGAUGGUUUCCAUCGUCACCCCUCUCGCCCUCCCUCCUGUCUUCAAAGAGGGGCUAACCAGAGCUGGACAGUGUCUCACCUGGAGAAACCUCGGGGUCUUUCCGCUUCAGGACAGAGAAAGCUAGCGCAGCGAUGGGGUACUACAAUGAUGUCUCUUCUCAUCUUAACACCUUGUUUGAUCCCAUCUGAAGUCUUAAUUUUACACAGAGUUGCCCAUAUUGAUAUGGCAUUGUGGUGUUUCUAUUUUUUGAUUUUUCACUUUUCUCCUCCCGAUAUAAAAAAAAAAUUCUCUUUUUUUUAAAAAAAAAACAUUUGGUCACUUUUGGGGGGGGGGGGAUCUAAGUAGAGAAUUUGUAAACUCUCAAGGCUUAAGUGGCUCAUUGCUAUAAACUAGCAACUGAGUAAUCAGUUUUGAUGAACAAAAGCAACUCUUCAGGCAUUGCUGUGAUUGUGAAGUAAAUGUCUGGGUAUUUUAAUGUUCCAGUGGGUACUAAACCAUACCAUGCUUCCGAAAGAGAGAUACUCUGUCAGACUAAAUAAAGAGGCCUUAAGUUCUUUGGUAUUGCUUUAUAACACAUUCACCGUUCUGUGACGAAUGAAGUUUUCAUUCUUUUGUGUAUAUAUAUAUAUAUUUUUUACAGGUUUCAAGUCUAUCUCUUAAUAUUUCUUUAGUAUAUUCUCUCAAUAUUUAUUGAUAAUGGAGUUGGAACUGUUGGGUUUUUUUUUGUUGGAUAUCUCAAUAUUUUUGUUUUCUGAUCAACUACGGUAUUGUGGAAAGGUUCCAUUAUCCAUUGAGGAAAAGCUGUUAGAUAAGGGCAGGCUCAAUUGUAGUGUAAUUGUUGAAGUAGUGGAAACCAUUCCUGGCAAAGGGAAGAUCCAAGUGUCCUGACACAAUCACUGUAAGGUGGCUAGGAACCCAAAUGUUGGUUGCAUUGUCCAAAUGGAGAAAGGCCAAAUCCUCUUCAUAUGAUUCUGUCUCAGUGAUGGGAAUCAUUUUGCAAGGAAGCUUAAAAGGGUUGGAGUUGCGUGUGUGCCCAUGUAUACUAUUUGUUUUCACCCCCACAGUUUUCUAAACCAUUUUCCCAGGAAACAUGAUAUCUAAUAAUAAUGAAACAAUAUGAAUUGGAAUGAGCAGAAAGUAAGUCCAACGCCCUCCCCUCCUGCCUACCCAAAUGCCAGUGGGCAGUCAGAAGUCUCCCUUACAAAAGGAUUACUGCCUGACUCGUGCUUGGCAAACAAAGCUCCAAUAUUUGCACUAUCCAAAAAAAAUAGAAUCCUGUCAGCAUGUAAACUUUAAAAAUCAGCUUAUUUCCGUCAGAAAGAAACCCGUUUGCAUUUUCUUUUCAAUAAUAAAUUGAUCACGAGCCUUCAUGAAUGGUUUACAGGCACUUCAGUUUACAUUUUGCACUGAAUAACUACAUUGUUUUAUCUCUGCCAAAAGCUACUGCUUUCCAGUGAGCUGACAGGUUAUAUUAAAUGAAAAUUAAGCUCCGUGGGGUAACAAAAAUGAAGGUUUAUCUGCUUACCUCUCAGUGUAAUCUGGAUACUUUUGUUUCCCCAAAUAGCCCGUUUGGAGGAUGUCUAUCCCAUAGUGAGGCCACAUAGCCCCUGAACCCUCAUAUGGUCCUUCAAAUGGUAGGCAUACACUGGGCUGAGGUGAGAUUUCUUUAAAAAAAAUAAAUUGUGUCCAUCUCACCUGCGACUGAGUAAAAAGUCUCUCAAUUGGUUUGAAAACAGACCAAAGACAUUGAUGCUGACACUGGGAAGUAACCAUGCACUGUGGAGAUCCUUUUAUUGUUCUAUUUGUCACAUUGAGCCACAGUUUCACUGUUAAUGGAUGAAUAGAGGGCUCCAAGGAAGAGUCCUGUCACCAGAAAUAUCCAGUGUAUAUAGCCAACUACCUUUUUAUGAAUGAGAUUUAAAUAAGUAUGUAAUAUUUCACAGGGCAGAAUAAGCAGCACAAUAUCUGUAGUACAGCUGAUUAAAGAGUUAACUUAUAGACUCACCCAAAACACCACAUCAGGUUGGGAACUGAGGUUUCCUACUUAAAAAGGUAUUCAUCUAGUGAUGGGGACAUUGCAGGCCUUCUCCAUUACUGAUGUAAUCACCCUUUACCUUGGAGAAACAACUCUCAUGGUGACAUUCUUUACCCUUUCCCCAAGGCAUACUUCCAUAGCUGGAUGUGUCACUAGUGAAUGGUCACAAAACAUCGGUGCAUAUUCCCACAUCAGUGGAAGAGCCAUUUUGAUUAACUUUUAACUAAACCAGAGGACCUACUUAAAUUUAUUUUCUCUGGUAUCUUGAUUAAUAAUGGUGAGGGUUGCUAUACUGAAAUAUGGAAUAAGGCAAAAAAUCAGUCUUACCCAAUGUAAGGUUCAAAGGUUUGGUGAUAUCCUGUCAAUUGUGGGAAUGGUAUACUGAAGCAACACCAAGAUAUACAUAUACAUUUCUGACUAAGAGCGUGCAAGCUCCCAACGUAUUGAGCUUAUCCAGCAAGAUUCCUAGUUAGUCAUGAAGCCAGAGAGCCUGCAGGAAACUUUACUGAGACAGGGAAGGAGGGAGGAUUUGCCUUGUGUUGCUAUUCAGUUGCAGUUAGAAGUCGAGGAAAUCAAAUGCUUUUUGUAAACUCUCAUGAACUCUGUUCUUCAACAGUUUCUGUGGCAACCUCACAUAAGCUUCAGAACCGUUUGUUAUCAUUUUUUUAAAAUCACAAAAUUAAAGUAUUUCUGAGAAAGCUACUAAUCAGUAAAAGGAUGAGCUAUUCCGGUGUUUUCUAUUGCUAAGAUUUUGAGAAUCUGGUAUCUUGUCAGAGACUCCAGUAUAGAUGUGUCAAAGUUCAUUUACUCCAAACAAAUCACAUUCAAAGACCAACCAAAGGGGAGGAGUUCCUUUGAUGUUUUAGUAUAUAGGUUGGAGCAAUUUUUAAUUUUGAUGCUUUUCUUCCCUUGUGGGAAAGGUUUAUUUUGAUUUGUACAAUUUUAACCAAAUAUAAGGGAGCACCACGUCAUAAUUAAAAUCUUUGCUGUCCUGUAAAAAUGAUUCUCAUUUUCAAAAAAAGGUGCAGCGCCAGAGUAAUGCCAACCCAUGUAGCAUAAGGCUCAGUCCCCAGUCUCUGCUAGGUUAGCUGAUCUCAGUAUGGGUGCUAUAAUUAGCAACAGCACUCAUCUUUGGCGCAGUGGAGUGGGGGAGGGGUAGGUAAAAAUCAGCCAAGUUUCCUGCUGCAGAUUGCUGUCUAGUAGUUCCUGCUGGAAAGAACAUGUGUCCCAAUAGCUGAUGAAGACAGAAUCAGGCAUUGCCAUGAUCUACUCACGGCUCCUGUUGUGUGCUGACACUAUGCAGUGAGAAAUGGGCACUUGAGUGAGGUGGCAAAGGCUGACCGGCCUUGUAUUGCUAUUCAGUUGCAGUUAGAAGUCGAGGAAAUCGAAUGCUUUUUGUAAACUCUCAUGAACUCUGUUCUUCAACAGUUUCUGAGGCAACCUCACGUAAGCUUCAGAACCGUUAGUUAUCAUUUUUUUAAAAUCACAAAAUUAAAGUAUUUCUGAGAAAGCUUUUAACUGUAUCUUUUUCUGACACUGCGCCACCAGGGGGAGCUGGAUGAAACAAACCUUUUUUUUAUUUCCAGUGGUUCUUUAAAAAAAACACAAUUACCAACACAAUCGUCGGAUGAUCAUUUGGGAAAUAGUUUCUUUGGUCAUCUAGCCUGCCUCAUCAGUACCAUGGUAGCAAAUACUUAUAUUUUUAAAAGAUCAAGAAAAUGCUUAUUGUAAACAUUCCAACAAAACUUUGAUUUCAGAAGGCUUAGGCCAAAAUUGAAGCAAACUUUUUUUUUUUAAAUGCGCUAUGCUUAAAUGAGAGCCAUUCCACAUUUUUUAUCUUUCCCUCCAUAUUUGUUUGGCAAUAUGAGCUGCCAUCACCUUCUCCUUACACCAUCUUUAAGGAAAAAAAAAUCACUGAUGUGUUCAUUUAAAUGUAUAAGAAAAUUUAAUUGUAGUUAAUAAGAGUAUUUUAAGAAUAAUUGCAAGAGACGCUGAAUGUUAUACAUUCAAACCAUAGGAAAAUAAGAGUUGGAAUAGGAUGGAAUAUUGCUGUUCAACGUAUCAUGGCAUCUUUUUUUGUUUCUAUCUUUCUUUGCCUGUUAUGUCCUCUUUUGGAAGAAGUGUUACCUGUACAUUUGAUGUGAAAUUUCUUCUACUGUGAAAAUGAAUUUUUAAAAAGGUACUCUGGAAUUUUUUUUUUCCUUUUGACAGUUUUUUAAUUUAAUUUGGGGAAAUGCUGGAAAUGACUUUGUUGCGCGCACACAAUCCCAGACCUCAGCGUUCAGCUAUGUUGUUGGUUUAUUAUGUUUUGUUUUCAUUUUUUCGUUCCGUCUGGUCUCCCAAUGUUUCAGACGAGACGAAGCAAUAGAAGUAAUUCAUUUAAACCGUGGAUUGUGCAUGAUUAGUGUCUUUAGUGUAAAAAAGAAAAACCACAAAAAAAUUGGAGUUUGAAGCUUUGACCUAAAGUAUUGCAAAUAAAAGUCAUUUAAACAA